CGCCUAUAGAAUUUAGACACUGCUUCAAAAUGCCGAAGCCUGAAGAAUAGAAACGAAUCGGAACCAAAAAAGUGGUUGAGAUCAAGCUUUGAACGAAGGAAAAUAUACGUAUCAGCUGCUAUUUUUGCGGAUUUCGGUCAUCUUCCCACUCGACUUGGAAAUCAUCAGAUUUCGGUUCAAUCAUGGCCGAAGAAAGUAAGAUAGAAGCCAAAGAAGAUGUUCCAGACAUUUUACCAUUUGAUCCUACUAAGAAGAAGAAGAAAAAGAAGCCAGUCAACCAGGAUGCUGGGCCAGAUGCCUCUGGCAAAUUAGCUGAGACAAUUGAGGACCUUUCAAUUUCUGAGGGAGUUGAAAAUGCAUUCGUUGGUUUGAAAAAGAAGAAAAAGAAGCCAGUAGAAACCGAUUCCUUGGAUGAAGAGAAUGUUGACAUGGGAGAAGAUCUCAAUGGUAAUAAUCUUGUAGGUGAGAAUGAAGAGGGAGAAGAAAUCACUUUACAACAACAAUAUCCAUGGGAAGGAAGUGAUCGAGAUUAUGAGUAUGAGGAGCUUCUUAGCAGAGUGUUCCAUAUCCUUCGGGAAAAUAAUCCAGAGCUUGCUGGGGACAGGCGUAGGACUGUUAUGAGGCCACCACAAGUUCUUCGAGAAGGCACAAAAAAGACUGUCUUUGUGAAUUUCAUGGAUUCGUGCAAGACGAUGCACAGGCAGCCAGAGCACGUGAUGACUUUCUUGCUUGCUGAAAUGGGAACUACUGGGUCUCUUGAUGGGCAGCAGAGGUUGGUUGUUAAGGGCAGAUUUGCUCCUAAAAACUUUGAAGGGAUUCUGCGUAGAUACAUCAAUGAGUAUGUCAUAUGCAAUGGCUGCAAAAGUCCGGAUACAAUUCUUUCCAAGGAGAAUCGUCUGUUCUUUCUUAGAUGUGAGCAGUGUGGUUCUGGGCGCUCUGUUGCUCCAAUCAAGGCUGGUUUUGUUGCCCGUGUUGGGCGUAGGAAGGCUGGGACAUGAUCGGGUUGUCUUUAUCCUUCAUGUGUCGUGAGCCUAGCUCGUCUUCUUUCCUUAACUUCCUAUUUCUAUUGUUAGAUGCUAUCUGCAAUAGCAGCAGAUUCAAAAUGCUUAGUUUUAAUUCUCAUUUUGACCUGAGAAUGUAAACAGGGUUUAGGCUUAACGUAUCUUUCAUAAAUGUCUUCUUAUGAUUAUUAUCAAAUAAUGAAUAAUUGAAGUGCAGUGCGAGCUUAGAAGUUUUAGUA